GGUAUAAAUUUCAGCAUAUUCUAACCUCUAUUAUUAAGUUGAUUUAUACUUACAGAAGUUUUUCUGUGAUAUAAAAAAGUUAUACAUAUACAUAUAUAUAAAUAUUUAAAAUCAUGUUUUUAACCAAUAUUUUAUUAAAAAAAAAUAAAAGCAAGUAAAAAAAUUUUAGUAUUAGUAGAAAGUAUAGCAAGUGGUCACAAGCUUAUAAGAAUUCGAGACAGAGUAGCUAACAAAUUGGAAGAAGUAUAUUUUGAUCCUUAUGAAUCAAGAUAAAAAAAGACGAGUAGAUAUUAUCAUAAAUGGUUUUAAUAGCGACGUAUAUCCGACAUUUUGCCUGAAUUACUUAUCUAAUGUGCAUAUCGAAAAAAAUAAGAGAGAUUGGAAGAGAAAAGGGAAAUGGAGGACCUUGAAAUCGAGAUUGGGGAAAGCAUUAUACGAAGGUACAUGGCGGCAGGAUCGGUUGCUUGAUGGACUGGAAGCUCGCGGAAACGUUUCGAAAUACCGUCUUAACCAAGAAAAGGGUGCAAGUACACACUCAUGCACGGUAUAAAAGAA